AUGAGCUCGAUCCAUCCACAGGCGGGUGAUCAGCCUCGGAAGAAGAUCCGAAAGGGGACCCGCAGUUGCUGGCAAUGCAAACAUCGCAAAGUCCGCUGCGAUUUUGCAUCUGAUAGCGACCAAAGCUGCAGAGAAUGUCUUGCCCGGGGACUUCCAUGUCGCAGCCAAGAAUUCCCGGAACCUGAGAACCCCCGCGAUUCGGACCGCACACACCUGAAUGAACGGAUGGCUCGUGUGGAGACCCUGUUGGAGAAGCUUCUGAUACGAGUCGAUGGAAAUAAUGGGAAUGGGAACAAUCAAUAUUGUGACUCGAAAUCAUCCAUGGAAUCCAGCCCUGAAUCGAGUCCCCCGACCGUGACCCCAGGUGCGGACAAGGUGAUAAUUUCGUCUUUUUUUAACAACCAAGCGCUAGGUUUCGAACAAUCAGAUACCGCUGCGCCCGACCAUGCGCCAUAUGGCACAAUUAACCGGGACUGGGAGAGACUGCGCCGCGAUCUGAUAGCCUUGAUACCCUCCCAGGAGGCAUUAAAAAUUAUAUCAGAGGCCAGCAGUAGCUGGUGGCUUAUGCGCGUACAGUUCUUCGAAGACUACGAUCAAUCAUUGCUUUCGUCCUCGGUGGAAACCCUGCAAACCAGCCACCCGGCUGUAGUUGGUAAAGCCAUUUUGUGGAUUGCACUUUGUCUCCAACAACUCCCUUCGGAGUGUGAUUUGCCCUCCCUCGGCCUUUCUUGCCUGCCAUCGGUCUUGGUCGAAGAAUGCCUCACCCGUGUUUCCACAUUGGUCUGCGCUGAUGACUCUAUCGUCAGUUGUAUUGACGGGCUCGAGUGCUUGAUUCUGCAAGGGUUGCUUUUUAGCAAUGACGGGAAGCUUCGAAGUGCAUGGCUUUCUACUCGUCGAGCCGCAGAUAUCGCCCAGGUAAUCGGGUUCCACCGUGCUGAACCAGCUACCCAUGAAAGCGCCGAGUUCCAAAAUCGGGCUAGGUCAGUCUGGGGACACAUCCUGAUGAUUGACAGACAUUUUUCACUGAUCCUCGGAGUGCAUGGAGCUAUCUCCAAUACGGCAAUAGAUCUAUAUCAAUCCAACCCAAGCGACGCUCAAGAUUUGCCCGUUCACAAUGCAUCCGCUCUGAAUCCGCUUGCUCGGAUAGCUGGAUCAAUCAUUGACCGUAAUCAGGUCUUCACAGAAGUCACUCCGGCUAUGGUACAAAUGACACAAGUCAUCGAUGCGGAACUUCAAUCGUUCACGCCCCCUCCUUUAAUGUCACCCGACAAUAUUCCGCCAGGCAAGUCUAUCAAGCGGUGCAAUUGUUUCCUCGAGCUUCACUAUCGGCUAUGGUACUACCAGCUCAUGGUGUGGCUACACCUGCCUCUCCUACUAGCGUCAGGUACUGAUAACUCCUAUGAAUAUAAUCGGAAAACCUGUCUCCAAGCCUGCCGCCACUGCAUCAGUUGCUAUGACAAUAUCCGGCGCACCACGGAAAGUGGGUUUGACUCGAAGGUUCUUCAUUUCCAAGCCUUUGCUACGGCAAUGGCAAUCAUUAUCAAUAGACUCGGGCCAUUUGGCCCGCAAGACUUUGACAAAGAAGACCACUUUGCUAUCGACCGGGUUGAGGCUGUUCUAGAGCAAUUAUCGAACACCGUUCCUCCAGACAAGAUCGCAACUCGAGGGUUGCACGUCUUGAAGACUAUUAUGGCGAUAGGAAUUGGGACCGAACUCCCGCGAUUUGACGCGUCAGAAGGACACCAAUACCAGAAUGGAAGGCUUAGUCGCAUCAAGCUUGAUAUUCCCUUUUUCGGCCGGGUACACCUCGAACGUCGUUCCUUCACCGACCAAUCAUCUAAAAGCUUUGCUGUGCCCAGCACCGUUCCUGGGCAAUACUACCCAUCAUCUUCAAGAAUGCUCACAAUCCAGGAACCCGGUUAUACAAUUGAGCAGGUUGCCGAAACAGCCCAACUGGCGGAUGACAAUUUGUUUUUUGACCCGAGUACCGAGUUUUGGGCUUUCAACUCUCAAUUCACGUUUCAGCCUCCAUUUUUGGCUGAUUCUAAUUUCAACUGGGAUAAUUGGGGGAUGAAUGUGGGAGUAUGA